AUGUCGACCGCUACCACCACGAGUGCAGCGAAACCUACUGGCGCCAAGGGUGUCUUUGCGCACUAUAUGGUCGGCUCUAUGACAUCAGCCGAAGCUGUGACGGACGUGCAGGAUGCGAUGAAUGCUGGAUUCGAUGGGUUCGCUCUCAACACCCACACCAUCAGCUCUUCUGACACAUGGAACACAAAUGCACUGAAGUACCUAUUUGAUGCUGCCGCAGGCACCAACUUCAAGCUAUUUAUCUCAUUUGACAUGAGUUGGGGCCUAGAUGUUACACAGCUUGCGGCGUUCCUAGCACCUUAUGCGACUCAAAAUGCCUAUCACAAGGUAAAUGGUCAAGCUUUUGUUAGCACCUAUACAGGAGGCACGAUCUCAAACUCCGCAUGGCAAACCGGGUUUGUCCAGCCUCUUACCUCGACCUACGGCAUUUCUCCAUACUUUGUACCUGAUUUUGAUGACUUCCCCGGGUAUCCGACCGGAAUUUUCCGUUCGUACCCUAUAUUAAGCGGAGUCUUUAGUUGGGAGUCUGCGUGGCCUUCACCGCGUACCACGCCGGCCAAUGUCAGUGGCAGCGUGGACGCGGCUGCUUUGCAGCAAGCGCACGCCGCAGGCAAGACCUACAUGAUGCCUCUUUCAUCUUUCCAGUUCAAGUACCUCGGCAGUGGCCAGGACUGGUAUCGCAUUGGUGAGGUCAAUCUACCUCAGCGCAUGGGACAGAUCUUGCAGCUACAGCCCGACUUCGUCGAAGUCAUAACCUGGAAUGAUGCCGGAGAGAGUCACUACGUUGAUAACUUCUGGCAAGAGCAGAUUGCAGGGUCUACCAUCGGUGACUAUGCCGAUGGGUUCGACCACAAGGGAUGGUUGCAGAUCAUUACGCCUUUCAUCAAAGCAUACAAGGCAGGCGCGACAAGCUUGUCACAGAUCAUUCCUCCCAGCAACAAACCCGUCGGAUCUUUGUGGUAUAGAACCCUCUUGACUAGCGCCAGCUGCUCUUCUUCGAUCGCCAAUUCUCAAUCCGCGCGCGAUGUGGUCAACUUCGCUGUGAUACUACCUUCGACCGGCUUCACAAUCAUGGUAUAUAGCAACAGCAAAUUGAUCGGCAGCUUCGUUGGUCAAAAGGGAUUGAACUACAAUAGCGUUCUUGGCCUUUCCCCAGGGGGCGGACAGAUGCUGCAUGUUGUCGACAGCUCUAAUAACAUUGUCGCCUCGGCCACUGGGACGAAGAAUGUCUUGACUGAAAGCACUAACGUGACUUGCAACUGGAAUUACGAGGUUGUUGGGCUGACCUGA